AUGGUUCGCCCUAGUCUGGCUAUCCUCCUAGUGCUGGCACACGCAGUCUUUGGCACUGCCUACCGCUGGUUCAACUGGCAGUACGAGGUCACUUGCGAGUCUGACGCUUAUAUUGCUCCUGAUGAUGAGGAAGCCGUCGCAAAGUUCCUCCAUGAGCAGUUUGUUGAAGGCUCCCACAUCAAGGUCGUUGGAAAUGGGCAUGGGUUCGGUAAUCUUACCCAGUGUGUUGACCAAACUCUUACUAAGAAACAAUCCUACAUCGUUUCUCUCACCAACUUGAAGGAACUCCAUAUUCAUAAGAAUAAUAUGACUGUGACAUUCGGUGCUGGUUGGGAUGUCAAUGACCUUGCCGAAGAAUUGAAGGCCAACGACCUGUCCUUUAACAGCCUUGGUGUUGAGCGCGUUCAGAACUUCGUUGGUGCUGCAUCCACCGGGACUCACGGAUCCGGGUCUAGCAUGGGUAAUAUCGCCAGCCAAAUUAUUGGGCUCCGUGUGUUGGAUUCGCAAGGUAACCUACGAGUUAUCAACGAGAAAAAUAACGCGGAAGAAUUGAAAGCUUUUCGUAUCAGCCUUGGUGCUCUCGGUCUCAUCACUGAGAUGACUAUUAAGGUCAUACCUACCUACCGCGUGAAGAAGACUACCAAGGUCUUGAAUGCCACCUCCGACUACAGCAAGAUGUACAGCCAGAUUGCCGAACUGUACAAGGAGCAUGACCGCAUGACUGUUUGGGGUCCUCACUUCGACUGGAAUGCAGAAACCCAGGACUGGGACCUCGAGGCUACUUAUUUCCUCUCUUACUGGGAGCCGACCGACUAUGCGGGAGCCAGUAACUGCACUCUCAACUACUGCGCCAACGGCUGUGGCGACUGCAAGAAGGAGUACAUCUGCUACGAUGAAGUGAUCGACUCUGUAUCUUGUCCCCCCCAAGGCGUCUGCAACCGAGAGUUUUAUGCCGAGAUCGAGCACUUUCUCCCAAUUGAGUACUACGCAGAAGCGGCCACCAACUAUACCCUUUUCCAACAAUCUCAGACACCCCGAAUGAAGGCACCUUACAACCAACAGAUGGUCAUCCAACACCGGACCCUCAAGGGUGAUGAUACAUACAUGUCCCCUGUCAACACGUAUAAUCUUGACCCCAAACUCAGUGGUGUUUUCGCUAUCAUCGAAAUUGAUUGGAUCCAAGAGUACGACAAUUUUACCACCCUUUGGCAGAAUCAGGAGCUGGCUUUUGAAUUCCUCCCUCAGUUCGGUGAAACCUACAAUGUUCGGCCCCACUGGAACAAGAUGAGCCCUGCAAAUGCUACCUACACACAAGAAAAAUUCCCCAAACUACCCGAAUUCUUGGCUAUUCAGCAACGCCAGGAUCCUAAGUGCCAGUUUGUCAAUGAGUUUCUGGUAUCGCAGCUUGGCAUUGCCCGCUGUGCACGCUACCUCUCGUAA